AUCGUCACGGUCACGCUGGUGAGGGCUUGUUGUAAAAAAUUAAAAUAAAAAAAAAAUAAAAAUAAAGCAAGAAUAUGGCGGAUGAAAUUACUCGAAUGAACCUGUCGGCUAUCAAGAAAAUAGAUCCAUACGCCAAGGAGAUCGUUGACUCUUCGUCGCAUGUCGCAUUCUACACUUUUAACUCGGAAAUGGGAAUGGGAGAAUGGGAGAAAACUGACGUCGAGGGAGCUUUUUUCAUAUAUCACCGCAACGCCAAGCCAUAUCACAGCAUUUUCAUUAAUAACCGACUAAACACAACUUCAUUUGUAGAGCCAAUAACUGGGAGCCUGGAGUUACAGUCGCAGCCCCCUUUCCUUCUCUACCGUAACGAACGCUCCCGUAUACGCGGAUUUUGGUUCUAUAACAGCGACGAGUGCGACCGCAUGAACAGUGUAGUGAACAGCUUACUGCAGAAUAAGGAAUCGAAUGGACAGUUGCCGAAUACUAAUACGGCCCCUUCGUUUGUGAUCCCAAAGCACGACAAUGCAAGCAUAUUUAAUAUGCUGAGCAAAGCCCAGAAGGAGUACAACGCACAGUGCAACAGCCAGUCCAAGCCAAUGCAACCGGAAAAUGUGACGCCCGGUAAUGUGCUCAAGUUCUUCGAAUCGGCGAAGCAAGCUACGGCGGAGUCGCUGUUCAAUCGCGUGCAGCCGCUUUCAGUGGAUCAAUUGGAGAAGCAACAGCGUGCAGCAACGCCUAGUGAAGGCUUAAUUCCGUCAUCGAAUAUAGAAGCCCCUUCCGAGAGCAGGCUAUCGCCUUUUCAGAAGCCGUCGUUGAAUGCUCAACCCUUGAAAAUCGGAUCUCCAUUGAUGGCAAACGAAGACGCUGGUAACUGCCUCCGGCGAUUGCUGGUGGGAGACCAGCCUGAAGUAAAGCCGGCCCUUAUGCCACCUUCCAUGUUCGAUGCACCCAACGGCAACCCGGAGUUCGCGAGGCAGCCGCCCGUGCAGCCAUUAAGCUCGUCCCGAUUCGUGCAGGCCUUCACUUAUCUUAUCCAAAACGAUAAGGAGUUUGUCAAUAAGUUGCACAGAGCAUAUUUGAAAUUUGAUGAAGAUUCUUAUUAAAACAUGAAAUAUGUAUAUGA